AUGGCCACUGCACUCACGUGGUACACAAAACAGUCAGUCGACGCGCUCCGCUCGCUCUUCGAGUCGCCGCCUUCGAGUCGGACCGGCUACCUGCUGGUGCCAUCCGCGGCCGGGCGUGAGAGAGAGACCGGCGUCGGCUGCGGCCGCCCUCGCUCGACCAGGCAGGCCGUUGCCGUUGCCGUGGCCGCUGUGAGCGCCGCCAUGGCCAGCGAGGGGUGCAGCAGGGCCUUCUCGGCCAUCAGUGGCGGCGUAUCGGCGCUGCACCGGGGCUCUGCAAUCAUACUGCUCCUGUUCCUCGUCUUUCUCGGCAUCGCUGCCGCCAUCGCCGACGGGGUGAUCACCGCCGAACGCGCGGCGAGGGUGUGGUCCGUGGUGCUGCCGGGCGUGCCGCUCGUCGCGCUGCCGAUCUCGGGCCUGCUGCUCCGGGACGACGAGAUUUUCGCGCUGGUCGGCGGGCAGAGCGCGGAGGCGCUUAGCUUCGAGCGGCUGUCGGGUUGGGUGGCGCCGACGCCCUUCCUGUUGGGGGCGGCGCACUCGAUGAUGCCCCGCGCGCUGCGGUGGAAGGGCAAGGUGGCGCGCAUCGGCCCAAGCCCGAAUCUCUGCCGGCACAUGCUCUACCGCGCGGUCGCUCUGGCGGCCGGCUUCGGCGGCGGCGAGCUCACCGCUUGGGGCUUGCGCGGCGACGCGAUUCGGGCGCGGCUGCAGGCGGUCCGCGGUCGGCUGCGCCGGAAGGUGCACUCUGCGCAACCACUCACCGAGGCGGAGGAGGAGAUGCAGGCCCUCUUGCUGCGCGAGGAUGGCCGCUCGCUGGCCGACGAGCAGGUUGCUGCUGCCGAGGUGCGCGCGCCCUGCCGCACGGCUUCGGCGGUCCAUCGAGCUCGCGAGGGCAGUGGGGCCGCCGCCCAGCGCCUCGUGCUCGGGCGGCUGCUCGGCCGAGGCGGGUUUGCAGAUGUGUACGCCACCGAGUGGGACGGCAGGCCGGCCGCCGCCAAGGUGAUCCGACACGCCGAUGCGCGGGAUGGGCAGCGCGUGCGAAGGGAGGUGUCGUCGCUGCGCCAGCUGCGCCACCCGCGGCUCGUGGAGCUCCUCGCGUACGCGCGGCUCGACUGCGGCUCCGACGGCCUGCAGCACGUACUCCUCCUCGAGCUGAUGGCCGGAGGCACGCUCCACGACUACCUCAAGCGCGCAGGCGGCGCCGCCGGGUCGUCGCGCCAGCUGCGGACGCUGCUGACUGACACGGCGACCGCCCUCGCAUGGCUGCACGGCCACGCGACGCUGCACCGCGACGUCAAGGCGUCCAACGUGCUGCUCGAUGCCUCCCACUCGCGCGCCAAGCUGGGCGACUUUGGGCUCGCCACCACCCACUACGGCGAGCUCAGCCAGACCCCGGCCGUCGGCACCUGGAGGUACCUCGCGCCAGAGGCGUCGCGGCACGCCGGCGGAGGAGGCCGGCGGAGCAGCAUGUGGCACACGCCCGCAAGCGACGUGUACAGCUUCGGCCUCCUCCUCUUCGAGGCGACCUACCGCGAGCCCGCCUUCCAACUGCACCGCUCCGGCUGGUGUGCGCACCAGGCCGCCGCGGCCGGCGAGCGGCCGACGCCUCGGUGGCCUCGCGCCGCCGCCGGCGGGGCUGCGCUCGGCGUGCUCGGCGAGUGCGCGGCCGAGCUGAUGCAGCGCUGCUGGCACCGCGAGGCUUGCCGGCGACCGCACACGGAGGAGGACGGCGAGGGCGAGGAGGAGGGCAGUGCCUCGCUCGGCGCCGCGCCGGGCAGCGGCGGCUGCAGCGUCGGAUCUUCGUACCACAGCGACAAGGUCGAGGGCAGCUACUACACCGAGAGGACCGGCGCGUCGCGCGAUCCGCAGCUCGAGAUCGAGCACGAGAUCGAGAUCUAG